UAUAUGAGCGCAGGCGGCGGGAUCUCUCUCCCUUUUACCGCCAUCGGAGCGGAGUCUCUUUCUUCCUUGGACCACUUAACUGCGCAGCGACGCCUAACCAUUCCAGCCUCUGACCAGAGAGCGAAGCAUCACUUGAGACUCAGCUAAGAUGGCAGACAUCGACAACAAAGACCAGGCUGAGAUGGACCCAGCAGAUAUGGAGGAUGUGGAGGACGUGGAAGAGGAGGAGGCAGGAGAAGAUGAAAACAGCAAAGCUCGUCAGCUGACUGUUCAGAUGAUGCAGAAUCCACAGAUCCUGGCUGCACUGCAGGAGAGGCUGGAUGGUCUGAACGGUUCGCCGUCAGGGUACAUGGAGAGUUUACCAAAGGUUGUAAAGAGACGUGUUAACGCCCUGAAGAACCUGCAGGUCAAAUGUGCCCACAUUGAGGCCAAGUUCUACGAAGAAGUACAUGAACUGGAGAGAAAGUAUGCAGCCCUAUACCAGCCCCUCUUUGACAAACGAAGUGACAUAGUGAAAGCAGCUUAUGAGCCCACAGAAGAGGAAAGUGAGUGGAAAACAGAUGAAGAGGAAGAGCUGACAGAGGAGAUGAAGGAGAAAGCCAAGUUAGAGGAAGAAAAGAAGGAUGAAGAGAAGGAAGACCCCAAAGGCAUCCCUGAGUUCUGGUUAACGGUUUUCAAAAAUGUGGACCUGCUCAGUGACAUACUGCAGGAACAUGACGAACCCAUCCUUAAACAUUUGCAAGAUAUUAAAGUAAAAUUCUCAGAUCCAGGACAGCCCAUGAGCUUCACAUUAGAAUUCCACUUUGAGGCCAAUGACUUCUUCACAAACACAGUGUUGACAAAAACCUACAAGAUGAGGUCAGAGCCAGACGAGAAUGACCCCUUCUCUUUUGAUGGACCAGAGAUCAUGAGCUGCACAGGUUGCACAAUUGACUGGACAAAGGGCAAGAAUGUCACAUUGAAAACAAUCAAGAAGAAACAGAAGCACAAGGGUCGCGGCACAGUCAGGACAGUCACUAAAACAGUCCCCAAUGACUCCUUCUUCAACUUCUUCACCCCACCAGAGGGUAAGACUGAAGUCCCAGACAAUGGAGAAUUGGAUGAGGACUCUGAGGCACUUCUGGCUGCCGACUUUGAAAUUGGCCACUUCAUCCGUGAGCGUAUCGUACCUCGGGCUGUCCUUUACUUCACAGGAGAGGCCAUAGAGGAUGACGACGACGAUUAUGAUGAAGAAGGGGAGGAGGCAGACGAUGAGGAAGGUGAGGAGGAGGCUGAUGAGGAGAACGACCCUGACUAUGAUCCCAAGGUUUAAAUGGUGACAAUAGAAAAAUAACCCUAAUCCUGAAGGAUGCAGCCCCCCCAGCUGAGUGCAGGCAGCAGUGAAACCUGACCCAGCUGCCUUGAGGAACAACUGCACUGUAAUGGCUUCUCAAAAAAAUAAUAAAAAAACAACCUUACUUACCGCCUUA